GACACUUUGCGAAAUCCCGCGCGCAGUGUGACGCCACGCGCCAGAAGUCCGGGGUCAGCGUUGAUUCCGGCAGCGCAGCUGGAAGAAGGGGCGGUGGAGAAGAGUGAGAAAUGGAGUAAGGCGUUCUUGCCCCCUGUCACGGAACAUCAAGGAAAACGGCUGUCAAGUCAAAGAGAGACGGAGCUGUACUGAAAACAAAUAAGAUCAUCCUGUUUUUUGUUCUUCAAAUAUGCUGAACUGGAUGUGCUUUGAAGAUCUAGUAAGAAUACCCAUGGUUGUGAGAAUACCCCAAAUGAAACUGGACACACCAUCCAUCCCUCCCACAUAUUAUCAGUGGUGGCUUGUACUUCUGGGUAGUUUAUAGCUUGCCUUUUGAGUUAAGCUAUACCAGGCACCUUAUUUGCUUCAUAUAUUUGGUUGUGUGGCAUUACUGCCUGCCAUGAGAUUUAGGAUCUACAAACGAAAGGUUUUCAUAUUAACUCUUAUAGUUAUUGCUUUUGCCUUUGCCUUUUGGAACAGUGGGAAGCAGAAGAAGGGAGAGCUUUUUGCCAAAGAGGCUAUCACGAAGAGUGUACUAGUGACCAGAAGAAUUUCCAAUGACACGUUGCCAGAGAAAAUCCAGAGGCCUGAAGUUGACAACAUGACCUUAGUUUAUCGUGGAAUUGUUUACCAGUUAAAUUUUGAUCAGACAAUCAAAAAUGUGGAAAAGAUAAAGACUCGUCAGAAAGAUGACUUAGUUGUAGUUGUGCAAGUCCAUAAUCGGCCAGAUUAUUUAAGACUGCUUGUAGACUCUCUUAGGAAGGCAAAGGGUAUAGAAAAUAUUCUGUUAAUAUUCAGCCAUGACUUUUGGUCACCGGAGAUUAAUCAAGUAGUUGCCACUGUUGACUUUUGUCAAGUCCUUCAGAUAUUUUUCCCUUUUAGCAUCCAACUCUAUCCUCAUGAGUUUCCAGGAAAUGACCCCAAAGAUUGCCCAAGAGAUAUUCCGAAGAAAGAUGCCUUAAAAUUGGGAUGCAUAAAUGCAGAGUAUCCUGACUCUUUUGGGCAUUACAGGGAAGCCAAGUUCUCCCAAACUAAACACCACUGGUGGUGGAAGCUGCAUUUUGUGUGGGAACGAGUGAAGGCCUUGCAUAACCAUAGUGGGCUGGUUCUGUUUAUUGAAGAAGAUCACUAUCUUGCACCUGAUUUCUACUAUGUUCUUAAUAAAAUGUGGAGCCUUCAAAAAGAACAGUGCCCAGACUGUGAUGUGUUAUCCCUUGGAUCUUACUCGCUUGCAGGUUUCCCAAGUAAGCUGGACAAAGCUGAGGUGAAAACUUGGAAGUCCACAGAGCACAAUAUGGGAAUGGCUAUGACCAGAGACACCUAUCAAAACCUGAUCAAGUGCACUGAUACUUUCUGUACUUACGAUGACUAUAAUUGGGACUGGUCAUUACAGCACCUUACUGUUACAUGCCUUCCAUACUUCUGGAAGGUCAUGGUUGCUGAAGCCCCUAGAAUUUUCCAUGCUGGUGACUGUGGGAUGCACCACAAGAAAGCCUGUAUGCCUUCAUCCCAGAAAUCAAAAAUUGAAAGCAUUCUGCAGAAUGACCAAAAUCAUAUGUUUCCAGAGACUUUGACCUUAAACAAACUUCCUAUGUCUAAGAUUGCCCCACGAGUAAAAAAUGGAGGCUGGGGUGAUAUCAGGGAUCACGAACUGUGCAAAAGUUAUCGCAGAUUACAGUAACUCUUCUCCUUCUUUGAACUUGUAAAUGCCUUUACUUUUUCCUCUUUACUGACUGUUUCAAGAUGAUUUUAUGGGAGUGUGGUGAAUCAGAUAAAAUGGGUGUGGGCGUCAGUGUUUUUUAAUUAUUAAGUAAAGAUUUCUUUUGAGAUGGG